AUGCAUCUUUAGUAAGGAGACCCAGAUUCUCAGCUCACUGGGACUCCUUUCUGAACGAACACAUUUGGUGUCCUAAGCCUGGUUGAUGCAGUAGAUAAAUUAGGACUCUGGAGACAUGAGUUCAAAUCCUUACUUGGCCAUAGAAACUCACCGGAGGUGGUGGUGAUGGGAAAACACUCCUCAAACAUCUCAGAUACUCGGAAACCCCUAUGAGGGUUACUUUGAGGAAGGACUUGGUGGCAUAGAAGAGCAACAUCGUAAGACAAUGUCUGCGUCUUCUAAAGAUGUUUUGCCCCCCAUCAUGGGCCAAACCAUUCAAUUCCAUGAAUAACCCACUGAGGAAGGAGAGGCUGGAAUUAAUGAGAUCGUCAAAAUCCCCCUAAACUCAGACACAUGGAAAGAAGAAGGAAGAAAACUUCAGGCCAAAGUGAGUCACCACCGAGAAGGACAGCGUGUUGAAUUUCUGCUGCACAAGGUGUGCGUUGACAGCACUCAACUGGAUCUCGUAAGGACCUCGGUGGGCGAAGCAAAGAGGGGAAAAAAGGAUUUCAGGAGCCGAGUGAACGAAUCCCUUCGCUUGGGGAUGGAGAACACCUCUUUGCCGUCGUUCUGGGCUAAUUUCACCGUCUUGCACGAGAACGCCACCUCUCCAUAUACGAGCCUUCAGAAAAGCAUGCACCUCCUGUCCAUCGUGAUUUACGGCAUCGCGUGCGUCCUAGGAGUCGCGGGCAAUGGUUUCGUCAUCUGGAUUGCGGGCUUCAAGAUGAAGAAGACAGUGAACGUGGUGUGGUUCCUCAACUUGGCCGUUGCCGAUUUUGUCUUCACCUUUUUCCUGCCCCUGAGCAUCGUUUACACUGCCUUGGGCUUCCACUGGCCCUUCGGGAGACUUCUGUGCAAGCUGAACAGCACCAUGGCCUUCCUCAACAUGUUCGCCAGCGUCUUCCUCUUGACCAUCAUCAGCAUGGAUCGGUGCGUCUCGGUGACCUACCCGGUGUGGUCCAGAAACUACCGGACCAAAAAGCUGGCCUGCGGCAUCACCCUGGUAGCCUGGUUCGCGGCCUUCAUCCUCAGCUCCCCGUAUCUCGUUUUCCGAGACACAGCCAUGAACUCCAGGAACGUCACCAGCUGCUACAACAACUUUGCCCUCUCUGACAGUUACGACAUCGAGAAGACACGGAUGUUGUGGAGGGCAAGGCACAAAGCGAUGGUCGUCACCAGAUUUCUCUUUGGGUUUGUCUUGCCCUUCACCGUCAUCGUCAUUUGCCACGGCGUGGUGGCGUUCCGGAUGAAAAGCCGGCGCCUGACCAAGUCUUCCAAACCAUUCCGAAUCAUUAUUGCCGUCACUGUGUCGUUUUUCCUCUGCUAUUUCCCCUACCACGUUUUCUCCUUGCUGGAGAUGUUGAAAAUGUCCGCCAAUCACCACCUCAAAAUGGUCCUCUACUUGGGGAUCCCUCUGGCCUCCAGCCUGGCAUUUUUCAACAGCUGCAUCAACCCCAUCCUGUACGUGUUUGUAGGGCAGAAGAAAUUCCGCAAGUCCCUGGUUUCGUCUUUUGAAGGCGCCUUCGGGGAGGACUUUGUCCUGUCUUUAUCCAAGAGGAAAUCCAGGUCCGCCUCUCAGAUGGAGAUCCAGAUGGCUUGAGCGGGUUUUCAGCCCAGCUACCCUAUUGUACCUAACUAUUGAGGGACUUUCUGGGCUCCUCGCUGAUAUUUAUGUUUCACGUCUCCAUCUGUGAAUGCCCACCUUUACUGAGUCGGUCCUGAUUUCGCAAUAGGAUCAAAACCAGAAUUUGGGAAAGUUCCAUGCUUACGGCAUGUUGUGUUCGUUACCAAAACGGAUACCCACAUAAAAUCCACAUAAAACCAUCCAAUGGCUACUAUGUACACAGCUGCUCCAAAACCUCCGUUUUCAGGGGGGGGACCUCAAAAGCUGACACUGUGACUUUUCAGAUGGUCCUGGAAAAGAUGAUGCCCUUCUGUGGAUUUGGGACAUUGUCUUCUUAAGGGAUCUACACCGUUCGCUGUGCUUUUUAAUAUGUGUUUUCUAUGCAGAUCAUUGUUGGGUUGUUUUGCCUCAGUAAUGUGUGGCUUUGAGAAGCAGCGACAACAGACGACAUCUGCAUACGAGUAUUUAAAUAUGGGAGUUUCUCUCAUUAGUCUUUAGAUGAUGCUUCCAACUCAUGCCAAAAAGGUAGCACUUUUUGUUAUUCGAGAAUGAUUGUUAAGGGAAAGAGCCUUACUCCAAAGUUGAGCUGUGGCGAAUGAAGGGGGGGGGAGAGAGAG